AUCUCUCGGUUAUUCGCUUUUCGCAUCGUCGUGACUCGUGAGCAGCGGGUGGACAAAAAUAUCGCGCAGUUAGUUCAAGACAGACUACGGAGAGUGAAAAACGAAUCAGUGCAAAACAGUGGCAGAAUAUCGGUAUUGGCUGCAGUAACAAAAUAAAUUAAGGAAUUCGAAUAAACGCGAUUGUUUUGGGUUUACGAUCUGCUAUUUUUGCUUGUACCAAUUAGUGUUGCAUGGAUCAAUCCCUCGGUCAGCAUCUCUGAAUAUUGCAGACUUUGCAGCCAGGGUAAUCGAUUGCGAAAUCUCGCCAAAGGGUGAGUAAUCGAAUGGAAAGAAAAAUGUCCGAUGAAACACCAGCAGCAGGACCCUCAACAACUGCCAUGGAAUUCAGAAUAGAGGGGUCCAGGAAUGAACCUCCGGAAGGUCGUUCUCGAUCGGGGAGUAGCACCAGCAGCCUUGUGGCCGAAGACCAGGAAGAAGAUUACUGUGAAAAUUCUCCCUGGGUGUUCAUUCCGGAACCGAUGUUUACGAAGAUCUUCCUCUACCUGGACCCCCGGGAUAUGCUGAAUGCGGGCCAAACCUGCAAACGAUGGAACAAGCUGAGCCGUGAUGACUACAUAUGGCGAAAGUACUUUCAGAGGGAAUUCAAUGUGGACACCAAUAUUGGACUGAAGCCAGGAGCGGAGUCUUGGCGGACGGAAUUCAAACGACUGACCGAUAAUGUUCCGAUGGUGAUGACGGAUGUGUUAACCAAUCACUCGCAUCAGGUGUUACACGUUAGCUUUUCCCAUAAUGGGAAAAUGUUUGCUACCUGUUCCAAGGAUGGAUUUGUUAUCGUUUGGAACUCUGCGUAUCCCUCAACGAUUCGAGAUUCAUACGACAUGCGGAAACUGAGCUGGAAAUAUACUCAGUUCUCCCAAUUCAAUCAAAGCGACACUCUACUUUUAGUAUCUGGCGUGCAUUUUGGUUCACCACAUAGUACUUCCGGCGAAAUUGCUGUUUUCACCGUGCAAAAUGGCUUCCGGUUGAGGUGUCGCGUAACGAAUCGACCGUAUGACAUAUUCGGAACGUGGUUCAGUGACCAGCACUUGCUUUCUGGUGAUUUGCACUGGUUGGCCCACUUGGUUAGUUCGUCGAUCUUAUGGCUAAACAAGGCCAACCAGGAGGUUGACUCGGAACAUACGCCGAUUCGCAACCAGUUAUACAAAUUCUACAACAGAAAUGCCAGUUCUAUUCGGGCUAUCAUGGUGGCCAAUUGUCCCUGGCUAGGCGAUGAGAAGAAGGACGAAGAAGGUGCCGAAGGACCGAGUACAUCCGAUGCAUCCGAACUGAAGACGAGCAACGAAGAUGAAGAAGACGACCGAAGGAUUGGUAACCCGCUAUCGCAUUACCAAAUGAAUCAAGAUCAGGCUAUGGAUAAUAUGUACCGUGCUGGAAGGGGUUCGUAUCAUAUUGACCUCGAUUUUCCGUACGUUCCCUUGGAGAAUCACGACUAUGCCAGUCCCAUACAUUACUUGGACGAAUAUCGUCGAGAAUAUGAAGAUAGCUACUACGAGUCGUCGGACGAUUGCCUGGACGACGAUGACGAUCAGGAGGAUGACGAUAUGUCGGAGGCGGAUGAUUUGGACAAUCUGUGCCCGAAGUAUCUCAUUUUCUCAACAGGUUCAAAGACAUACACGCCCCAUCAAAUAGGAUUCAAGAGGAUAAGCAGCGUCAAUUUCCCACGGCGACUGGAUCCUGGCCCAUCGCUAAAGGAACGCAUCGCCUUGCGCGAUCGGCAACGGGAACUGGAGGUAAUUAUGCGUGAAAUGUCCCAAGAAGAAAUCCGCCUCCAAUAUAUCUUACAGAACGAAACCCCACCGAUGGAAGCGAACUGGGCGAACUACGAAGCGGUUGCCGACCGCUUCGACAAAGUUGACAAGCUAAUCGACUUGCACGGGCAUAUAAUCGGCAUGGGUUUGAGUCCGGACCACCGCUAUCUGUAUGUGAACAGUCGGCCCUGGCCCAAGAAUUACGUGAUACGAAAUCCACUGGAACCGCCUCCGAUCGCACAGGAAAUUGACAUUCACGUGAUCGAUUUGAUGACGUUGAAAAAAGUUGGCACUAUGUUGAGAGCUCACAAAGCGUACACGCCGAACACCGAAUGUUUCUUCAUCUUUCUUGAUGUCUGCGAUAACUACGUGGCAAGUGGUGCCGAAGAUAUGCACGCAUAUCUAUGGGAUCGUUACUACGGGGUUUGCUUGGCCAAGUACCAGCACGAGGAUGUGGUCAACAGUGUGGCCUUCAACCCACGGGACAACGAAAUGCUGGUGACCACCAGCGAUGACUACGAAAUCAAGAUUUGGAGAUCGCUAUCCCAGGCCAAGAAGCUUGGCAUCCAACCAGUGGGUAAAGCUGUUGAGUUCAGAAAGCUCAAACCCAAAGCAACAUGCCAUUGAACGUUAGAGUUUCCUCCCGAUCAUUUCGCGUUUCCCUCCCCGGUCUUUGUUGGUUCAUGUUAUUCGAAAUGUUUAAUCUAGUCGCAGGCGAAAUCAUUACGACAAAGUGAAUUCAAUUUCUGUAUUUUUAGUGAUGAGAGUAAUGAAAAUAUACUAUAAGUAUACUUAACUGUUAUCGAAUAUCAUAUGUAAAUCACGUAGAGGUAUUAUUGAAUAAAUUUAGAUAAGGAGUAUC